CAACCAUAGAGCAAUUCUGCCCAUUGGGGUAGCUAUAGGUUGCCAAUUGAGACUUCCUUAACUAGUUUUUCGUAUCCUAACCCUCAUGCGACGAUAAAACUGCGAAUAAACCGAGCCUUCGGCACUCUUUAAGUAUUGUCACUGCUUACGGAGCUAGGCGGCGUGUAGACCAUUACACGACAACAUGGCAUCCUCGUACGCGCUACCCCAACCUCCGGUACUGCACAAUCACGGUCAUUCGCAUUCGCAUUCCCGCUCCCCCUCCCUCCCCCACUCGCCCUCGUCCUUUGGCCACUCUAGAUCCAAUCGAUCUCUCCCAGGCCAAAGGCAGGUCUUCAACCACGACCACAACCACGACCACGAACAUGAUCAUGACCACGAACAUGACCACGACCAUCAUGUCGACCAUGAUUUUCAGGCGCAGGCUCGGCAAAAUAUAACGCAAUACCAGGCGAAUUCGCUCUUACCUCUUCAAAGACGAGAAAACCGGCCGUCGCCCUUAAGACAAAACCCCGGAGACUCGGCUAAUCCUCAGAAGCAUGAUAUGCUAGACGUGCCAAAGAACCUUGGCUACGACGCCCCUGGUUCUGAUGUUUUGGACGAGCACGGGCACAAGCACGAUGAUCAUCACCAUUCGCAUGGAGUGGGCUAUUCGAAAUUCACGGCGUUGCUGCUCCCCUACACAUCGAGGUGGCCAUUGAUACAUGCUAUCAUGACCGAGAAGGAUUCGCGUCGUAUCUUUUAUUUUAUGGGAGUCAAUUUUUCGUUCAUGGCUGUUCAAGCCGUUUACGGUUAUCUGACCGACUCCCUAGGGCUUCUUAGCGACAGCAUACACAUGUUCUUUGACUGUGUAGCUUUAGCAGUGGGCUUGCUCGCGUCUGUCAUGAGUAAAUGGCCACCUAGUGAGAGGUUUCCCUAUGGUUUUGGGAAGAUCGAGACGCUGAGUGGAUUCGCGAAUGGCGUCUUUUUAAUAUUGAUUAGUCUUGAGAUUAUGUUUGAAGGGUUUGAACGACUGUUGGAGGGCCGAGAAACUAAGAGACUUCGAGAGCUUUUCAUCGUCAGCACUCUGGGGUUGAUAGUAAAUCUACUAGGCAUAUUCGCCUUUGGCUCUCAUGGCCAUCAUCACGGCCACGACCACGGCCACGAUCAUUCACAUGGUCACGCCCAUGCGCAUGAGAAAGUCCACGAGAACCACGACUGUAGCUCGCACCAUGAGCACGGGCAUGAACAUGAACAUGAGCACGAGCACGAGCACGAGCACGAACACGAACACAAGCACGAACACGGCCAUAGUCAUGGUCAUGCUCAUCACGAUCAUGGCAACGAAAAUAUGCACGGGAUUUAUUUACAUAUUCUCGCGGAUACUCUUGGAAGUGCUUCGGUCAUUGCGUCCACAGUCUUGACAUAUCUUUUCCCGUGGGCUGGCUGGGAUCCGCUGGCAUCCUUCUUGAUUGCGUACCUGAUUCUUAUUACUGCGAUACCACUGGUGAAGUCAUCGGCCCAACGCUUGCUAUUGACGAUCCCGGCGGAUACUGAAUACAAUCUCCGCAACACUCUGUCCGAGAUCACAAAUCAACGGGGUGUUGCCGGGUAUUCGGUCCCCAAAUUUUGGGUAGAUGAUGGGGCCGGUAGUGAGUCUGGAAGUAGGCUCUUAGGGGUGAUACACGUGGCGGCGGUCCGGGGUGCGGAUCUAGAGGAUGUUCGAGAUAGGGUUCAGAACUACUUGGCCAAACAUGGAGUUGAGCUCACGAUACAGAUGGAGCGAGAAGGUGACCCGACAUGUUGGUGUGGGAUGGGUCGACUCGCGGCUGUGUCUCCUAAAACAUACUGAGUCGAGAGAUGAGUUUGAAUGCUGAUGUAAUUACAUGCCAAACAAGGUCUUGACGAAAGACGAAAGUGCUAUGUGGUAAGCAUCACCUUGAUUUUUGAGAGCACGUGGUGUUGUGACGGACGGACGGAUGGAUGGCCU